CUCGCACUGAGCGGAAGCGCAGCGGCUCCAGCUGUUAUUGUUGACAGACGGAGCUUCGUGGGGAAAAUGGCGGUGUCCCGUCGAUCCUCACAGCACCAACAAAGCAGCCUGCAGCCGUCUCCGCGGAACGCCGUUAUCGCAUCCCCCCCACCGGAAUCGCCGUCCGCGAUUAUUCCCGAAUCGACGACUUCAUUGAGCCCCUCGGCCACUGGCGCAGCGGAAUGCUGCGGAGCCACGAUGGAGUCCGCAGCGGCCUCCUCCACCUCCUCCGCCUCUUCCCCAGACCGGCCCGCCCCAGCAACAGCAGAGGCCGCGCUCGGCAGCUCCAGCUGCAGCAGCAUUAGCUCCGGCGCGACCGCGGGCAGCCAGAGCCCCGGCUCAGGGGCGGCCAGUCCCGGGGACGCAGUGUGCGGGGCCGGCGGGGCGUUCAGAGAGCUGUUCGAGGCCUGUCGGAACGGAGAUGUGUCGCGGGUGAAGAGGCUGGUGGACUCGGUGAAUGUGAACGCCAAAGACAUGGCCGGACGAAAAUCAACUCCUCUGCAUUUCGCUGCAGGUCUUAUCGGUGACUAUUGCUUGCUUCUGUUUCUUACAGUGUUGCUCCAGCACGGCGCUGAUCCGAACAUCAGAAACACUGACGGCAAAUCAGCUCUGGACCUGGCAGACCCUUCUGCUAAGACAGUCCUCACCGGUGAAUAUAAGAAGGAUGAACUGUUGGAGGCAGCGAGGAGCGGAAAUGAGGAAAAGUUGAUGGCACUUUUGACCCCACUUAACGUCAACUGUCACGCCAGCGAUGGGCGCAAGUCAACAUCUCAAAAAAUGCUGUCCACUCCUCUUCACCUGGCUGCUGGGUAUAAUCGAGUGCGUAUAGUGCAGCUGCUGCUGCAGUAUGGUGCUGAUGUCCAUGCCAAAGACAAAGGUGUCCAGUAUGUGAACGCUGUGGACACACUGGGACAGACAGCCCUGCACAGGGCGGCCCUCGCCGGUCACAUCCAGACUUGCAGACAAUUGCUGAGUUACGGAGCCGACCCGUCAAUCGUUUCACUGCAGGGCUUCACUGCGUCACAGAUGGGCAAUGAAGCCGUACAGCAAAUACUCAAUGAGAACAUUCCUCCUCGUAAUUCGGAUGUGGAUUACCGCUUCCUUGAGGCUGCUAAAGCCGGAGACCUUGAUACAGUGAAGCAACUGUGCUCCCCUCAAAAUGUGAACUGUCGUGACCUGGAGGGCCGCCACUCAACCCCGCUGCAUUUUGCUGCAGGCUACAACCGUGUGGCUGUGGUGGAAUACCUGUUGCAUCAUGGGGCCGACGUGCACGCUAAAGAUAAAGGUGGUCUGGUUCCUUUGCACAACGCGUGUUCGUAUGGUCACUACGAGGUGGCAGAGUUACUGGUGAGACAUGGAGCGUCUGUGAAUGUGGCGGACCUUUGGAAGUUCACACCACUACAUGAAGCUGCAGCCAAGGGCAAAUAUGAGAUCUGCAAACUGCUGCUCAAGCACGGUGCAGACCCGUCUAAGAAGAACCGUGAUGGCAAUACGGCUCUGGACAUGGUGAAGGACGGAGACACAGACAUCCAGGACCUUCUGCGCGGAGAUGCCGCCCUGCUGGAUGCCGCUAAGAAGGGCUGUUUGGCCCGUGUGCAGAAACUCUGCAGCCCUGAGAAUAUCAACUGCAGAGACACACAGGGCAGGAACUCCACACCACUGCACCUUGCAGCUGGUUACAAUAACCUGGAGGUGGCCGAGUAUCUCCUGGAGCACGGAGCGGACGUGAAUGCUCAGGAUAAAGGAGGACUAAUCCCUCUGCAUAACGCUGCUUCAUAUGGGCAUGUGGAUAUCGCCGCCCUCCUGAUCAAGUUUAACACGUGCGUGAACGCGACCGAUAAGUGGGCGUUCACACCGCUGCAUGAAGCUGCGCAGAAGGGCCGCACACAGCUGUGUGCACUGCUGCUGGCGCACGGCGCUGACCCCACCAUGAAGAACCAGGAGGGACAGACGGCUCUGGACCUGGCCACGGCUGAUGAUAUCCGUGCGCUGCUGAUGGACGCCAUGCCCCCUGAUGCCCUGCCCAGCUGUUUCAAACCACAGGCCACCGUGCUCAGCGCCGCUCUCAUAUCACCCGCCUCCACACCCUCAUGCCUCUCUGCUGCCUCCAGCAUCGAUAACCUGGCCGGGCCCCUCAGUGACGGGGCCUGUGGAGGGGCUACAGGACCCGCUGAUGGGGCCUCCGGAACUGAGCGCAAGGAAGGAGAUGCUGUCUUGGAUAUGAACAUCUCACAAUUCCUGAAGAGUCUGGGGCUUGAACAUUUGAGGGACAUCUUCGAGAGCGAACAGAUCACUCUGGACGUGUUGGCCGAUAUGGGUCACGAGGAACUCAAGGAGAUCGGCAUCAAUGCUUACGGACACCGUCAUAAACUCAUCAAAGGCAUCGAGAGGCUGCUAGGAGGACAGCAGGGUGCCAACCCAUACCUGACGUUCCACUGCACCAAUCAGGGCACAGUUUUGAUCGACCUGGCCGUGGAUGAUAAAGAGUUUCAGUCUGUUGAGGAAGAGAUGCAAAGCACAAUUCGGGAGCACAGGGACGGAGGAAAUGCAGGUGGCGUUUUCAAUCGAUACAAUGUCAUCAAGAUCCAGAAGGUGGUGAAUAAGAAACUGAGAGAGCGAUACACACACAGGCAGAAAGAGAUCGCAGACGAGAAUCACAACCACCACAAUGAACGAAUGCUGUUUCAUGGAUCUCCAUUCAUAAAUGCCAUCAUCCAUAAAGGAUUUGAUGAGCGCCAUGCGUAUAUCGGUGGCAUGUUUGGAGCUGGCAUAUAUUUUGCAGAGAACUCCUCUAAGAGUAACCAGUACGUCUAUGGCAUCGGUGGCGGCACAGGCUGCCCCACUCAUAAAGACCGGUCCUGUUAUGUGUGCCACAGGCAAAUGUUGUUCUGCCGUGUGACAUUGGGAAAGUCCUUCCUGCAGUUCAGUGCCAUGAAGAUGGCCCACGCUCCCCCUGGACAUCAUUCUGUGAUCGGCCGUCCCAGUGUCAACGGCCUGGCCUACGCCGAGUAUGUGAUCUACCGUGGAGAACAGGCCUACCCAGAGUAUCUCAUCACUUAUCAGAUAGAAAAGCCGGACAGCACGCCUCAGUCCUCCACAGGAGCAGAGCAGAAAUCAUAGUCAGACACUGCGUUUCUACACUCACUCACUCAUCACUCGCUCGCUCACUCACUCAUUCUUUCUCACUCUCGUUGCACAAUGGAAAUGUGAACUUUCCCAUGUACCCACGUCUUGGAAUUCCCAUGUAUGAAUUAUGGAUUUGCACUUUUAAAAACAAGUUACUUAAGUUAUUUGAAAAUAGUUGCAAUUGUGAAGUCUAAUGUACAGGUAGUAUAAAGAAAACAUGUAAAACUGACUGUGUUUAACGAUGCUAUUUGAGUUGUAUUUUAAUGGAACUUUUUUUUUUUUUUGAGUC